AUGGCUACUUUGAGAGGUAGUAAAGAGGAAGAGCAGCCCUACACAGAGAGGACUGUUCAUACCUACUACCCUGUCACUCCUUUAUAUGUAUCAGCUCAGCCUGGAGCUGGAAGGUGGAAGACUUUGGAAGAUGUGAUGCUCUAUCGGAACUUCCCCACAGCAUCAGUUCUGGAAACUGAAAGACCUAGAUACUAUGAUAUUCGUGAUCUUCGCCAGAUGGUAUGGGUCCUGUGUGGAGAUGUAUUAAUAACAGCUCCAUCUAGCAGCAACACGGAGCCUGUCACUCUUGAAGUAAUAGCGUGUAGAUGCCCAGAACUCCGUGAUAAAGAAAGAGGCAAUUGGGUAUACUUGGGAAUCAAGAACAAAAAUCUUAGUUUGCGCUGCACAGAAACUGAGGGCAAGCCUACUUUGCAGCUGGAGGAGAUCUACAUCAUGGAGCUGUACUGGAAGAAAAUACCACAAGAGUCAUAUCUCUUUGUCCACAGUAUGGAGGGCUCCACAUCCACCUUUGAGUCUCUCAUCUACCCUGAUUGGUUCAUAGCCACCUCCUCUGUGCCAGGUGAACCUGUCUUCCUCACCCAAAAUAGGGGCUUCACUAGCAACACCAACUUCUAUUUAGAUCCUAAGGAUUACAUCAGUUCUGGGAUUUUUGUGCCCUGCUCCUCCCGCAAUGGCUAA